AGGAAAGAAUGUUCUCCUGCGAAGCCCAUUAAUGUCAUUUCACUUUCCCAUAAAUUCCCUCUAUAAAUUCUUCUUCUGUCAUUCUCAUUUCACUGCACCAUUCUUUCUUCUACUUGCCGUAUAUUCUUCGAUCGUUGAAGACAGAGAGAAAAAUACAAAAUGACGGCGGGAGGGAAUAUUUGGCAGUCUCCAAUUCCUUACCUUUUUGGGGGCUUGGGCUGUGUGUUGCUGCUGAUUGCAUCGGCCUUGAUUUUCCUAGCUUGCUCUUACAGGAAGAGCUUUGAUUCUGGUGAUGAUCAUGACCAGGAAAAUCCACCUUCAUUGCCAUUGAAACCGCUCGAUCCUGAGCCGAAGAUCGUCGUCAUCAUGGCCGGCGAUGACAAGCCCACUCACCUCGCCACACCCGCCAUUUCUUCAAACACUUGCUGCUGUGAUCAGCCGGUGUAAACCAGGUUCAAGAACCUGGCCAACCCGGUUUUGUGUGUAUUUUUUUUCCUUUUAUUUCAUCUCUCUUUCAUUUUUGACCUGAUUCUAGUUUAAAGCUUGCGGGAAAAUCUGUAAAUUGAUGAGCAUUAGAGGAUAUGUAUCAAUAAAUGUGUUUGGCGAUAUUUUCUUGUUCU